AUGGCCAUGGGGAGGUCCUUUACAGACCCCAGAGACAACAGACUGACAGGCAUUCAGAGAGACAGAGAGACAGACAGACAGGCAGACAGACAGACAGACAGACAGACAGGCAGACAGGCAGACAGACAGACAGACAGACAGACAGACAGACAGGCAGACAUACAGACAGACAGACAGACAGACAGACAGACAGACAGACAGACAGACAGACAGGCAGGCAGGCAGGCAGGCAGGCAGACAGGCAGACAGACAGACAGACAGACAGACAGGCAGACAUACAGACAGACAGGCAGACAGACAGACAGACAGACAGACAGACAGACAGGCAGACAGACAGACAGACAGGCAGACAGACAGACAGACAGACAGGCAGACAGACAGACAGACAGACAGACAGGCAGACAGGCAGACAGACACUCACUCACUCUCAGGGAGGCAACUUGUUUAGAAUUGGAGAUGGGGAAAAUAACGUUCUGUCUAGACAGUUACUUUUUGUUUAGGUGAGUUCUAUCUGGACUCAGAAGGACCCUUUAAAGCCUUUCCUUAAAGGUAGACUCAGAGGUCCAUGGGUAGUAAUUCUGUGUGGAGUCAUUCUAUGAUUCACUACUGUGGUAUGGGUUGAGUACCUCUGAGGGUUGAGGUGGCGGUCAUAAAAACAGACAUCCAGGAGUCUUAGCCUUUAUCCUGCAGGAUUCCAUUCCACUGGUGGAAGCGACAAGUCAUUUCACAUUGCAUACAUUAAAAACCCUUUCAAUGACUGGACGAAUUCAUUUAGUAUUUUUACUACAGUGAAACUAAUGUCAUAUACAUGUAGUGACAUCUGCAGGUUUAAAUAAUAUCCCCUUUCAUGAUGUUGUUGACUUAUGAAAUGUAUUUUAAUACAUUGGUCAACAGCAGUACAGGUAAUAGCCCAGCUGUUCACGGGUAGAGUAGACACAUUCCAUCACCAAGAUGUGUGGAGCAGCAAUGGGAAAAUAAUCCGAUCAACUCAAAUCUAGAUGUGUAUCAUAUACUCUAGCAAUCAAUCAUUUUGUGAAAACAUUAUUUGACACUUUUCAAGACAAAACAGACAUUUUCCUUUUCUAUUUACACGGGAAACGACUGUUCGGUCUGGGCUGGGGAUAAGUGAUGGAUAAACUCCUCAUCAGUAGGCGGUGCUACCGUAAAUAUAUUCAGAAGCGUUUCAAGGAUAUUACAUAAAGUUCUUAUCCAUAAAUAAUAUUCACACGUUAACAUACUGACGAUGGAACUUGAAGACAGUAGCCUUUAGGUAAAUGUAUGAAUCAUUACUUUUCCAAAUUUGGUCCCGGAUUAUUCUAAAACAAUGCGGGAAAAAACGUUUACUUGAACACGACACACUCUAUUAUUUUUUAUUUUAAGAAUAGUCCGGGUGAUUAAGUUCAUGCCCGCAGACAGUUACGCAUUGAAUGUGCAUUCCAAGACUUGUUUAACUCUAAAAACUCCGUGGCUCAAAGUUCUGUGGCGUUAGAGAAGUCCGACUGCAAUUUUUGUACUAACGCCUCCGGUUCCGUGCGUAAUGGUGCGGGACUGUGCCGCAGAUGUUUGUGUGCAGGAAUGUUUUUUUUUUUUUUUUUACUUCUAAGGUUGGGGUUAGGGUUGAGUUUUAUACGAAUUAGUAUGUGUAGGCCACAAUGACUGUACAUAUAAAGGUGUAGGCCAACCUCUCGUCUUCUAAACAACCAUAAGGCAUCUAAACAGUUCCAGGCUCCGGCUGUGAGUUAGUUUAUCUGUACCUCCCUGAACUCUCCGAUUAGCCGGCCAGGCAGCUGUCGUCAUCAGCAGCACCCCCGAUUUUUUCCCCUUUUCUAAAUGGAUGGGGGCUGUCCUGCUUCGUGCACAGUUCAACGGAAGCCAAAAGAUUGGAACAACUUGUGAAUUCACCCGUCAGUUUGGUUGACGUUUGCGGCAACGUUUAGAAGAAUGCUCGACGGCGGCUUCGCUGAAGAAGUUAAAGAUUGAGAAGUGUUUUUCUUUCUCAUAAAACUGUGCGGCGUUCAGGACUGUAGCAGGGAGAGGAGGGAGAGGGAACAGCGGUUGCCUACCACAACGUUUACAAUAGAAAGGAAACUUCAACUCCCGUUAGAGUGAACUGAAGUGAAGUGGCAGCUCGUAAUUCCACAAUGGCUUUCGCUGUGGAUUGUAUAUAUUUAUUGAUGUACUGUUCUCUCGGCUUGAUAUUUUUAGAUCACAAACAUACUGUGAAAUCACAUGGUAAGUUCUUAUGAUUUUACACUUUUCUCUCAACUCUUCUGUAUUCAACUUUGAAGUAGCCUAUUGUGGAUUUUGAGGAGAGGGCUAUAAAACGUAUGGCAUACUGUAUUUGAAGUUAUAUAACUCCCUGGGUUUGAUAGAGACUGAGGUCUUACUGAUGAAAGUGUCAAGAAAUGCCACAAACUAAUCCAAUAAUUUAGUUGUACCUGAAAGGGUUUAGCCAAACUAAACUAAACCUUUAGUAAUAAUAAUAAGCCAUUUAGCAGACGCUUUUUCCAAAGCGACUUACAGUCAUGUGUGCAUACAUUUUUACGUAUGGGUGGUCCCGGGGAUCGAACCCACUACCCUUGCGUUACAAGCGCCAUGCUCUACCAAUUGAGCUACAGAGGACUUUAGUCAUGCAACUGGCUGGCUCAUAACCCAUAGACUAAACUAGAGACACAUUAUCCUAUGUCUCCACUGUUCAGAAGUUCAGUAUCAUCUUCAAUGUUCAUUAACCAUUUGUGAGUAGGGCAAUUAUCCUUUAACUAGCAUGCAUCUUUAACUCUUAUCCACACCAGAGUAUAAUAAUUAAAGUAUGCUAUAUUCUAUUCAGUGCCUUUCACCAAGUUUCCAUAAGUUCCCAAAUUUCCAUAAAUUCCCAAGUUCCCAUACGUUCCUGUGCAUAGGUUGCUACACUCUUAGAAAAAAAUGUGCUAUCUAUAACCUAAAACGGUUGUUCGGCUGUUCCCAUAAGAUAACCCUUUUAAGAACCCGUUUUGAUUCCAGGUAGAACCCUUUUGGGUUCCAUGUAAAAAACAUAUAUGGAACCCAAAAGGGUUCUACCUGGAACCCAAAAGAGUUCUACCUGGAACCCAAAAGAGUUCUACCUGGAACCCAACAAGGGUUAUCCUAUGGGAACAGCCUAAGAACCCUUUUGAGACCCUAUUUUUCUAAGAGGUUUAAUUAGGACUGUCCAGUUGUCUCUGUUUCUCUGACGUUAUUCUUGACUAUUUGUCUCAUCAGAACAUCUCUCUGGAAAGUUAAGUGAAUAUGGUCUUAUCGUGCCAUUCAGCACAGACUCCCACGGCCGCUAUAUCUCCCACGUGGUCUCAGCCUCAGGAGCCUCAGCCUCAGCUGCAACGGGAGAUACUGAAAGUGAAGGUGCUGAUGCAGGUGGUGCUGCUGGUGUUCCCUCGCCCCCUGGCCCGGGUAAGAGACGUGUGGUCCGUAGCGCCCCCGAGACUCCCUCUGUCACCUCUGGCGCAGGCCAACACCUGUUUUUCAACGUCACUGUGUUUGGGAAAGAGUUGCACCUUCGCCUCAAAGCAAACAGGAGGCUGGUGGCUCCGGGGGCAUUUGUGGAAUGGCAGGAGGACUUCGAGGAAAAGGCUAAGGAGCGUAUCCAUGGGGACUGUGUUUUCACUGGAGACGUAUCCGACAUGCCAGAGGCUACUGUUGCCAUGAGCAACUGUGAUGGACUG